GGAAAACAUGUUGAAAUUCUACAAGACAAAGACUAUAGAGGUCGGGUGAAACUCUUAUCAGAUGAGCUGAAGAAGGGCCAUGCCAGUUUGAGGAUCAUUAAUGUAAAGAUGACUGAUGCAGGACAAUAUCUGUGUAUUAUAGCAUUUCAAGGAUCAGACUUUAAAGAAAUCAGUCUGGAAGUACAAGCUCCAUACAAACAAAUAAACACAAAAGUCACAGAUGUGGUCACAUCCUCAGGACAGACAAUGAAGGAGCUCUCCUGUCAGUCUGUGGGAUUUCCAAAGGCUGAGGUCACGUGGCUGAGCAGCAGUGGGAACAUUAGUGCAACCAACAAUAUUAGCUAUACAUUAACUGCUGAAGGACUGUUCAAUAUCACUAGUGUGAUCAGAAUCUCUUCUGAAGCUAACAGGACGUUCACUUGCAUAUUUUGGAGUGAUGCACUUCAAAAUUCAUCUUCAGAGAACUUUACCUUCCCA